AUGGAGUCUUUGCGGUUCAACAACAGCGCGCUGAGGAAGCUGCCGGUGGAUGCCUCGGAGCGGACCGGCUCCAGGACCGUCCCGGCGGCCUGCUUCUCGCGGAUCGGGGCUCUCCAGCCUCUGCUCCGGCCCUCCCUGGUGCUGCUGUCCGGGUCUGCUCUGUCCUUGCUGGGCCUCGCUGAGCGGGACGUGCGGACGGAGCCUCUGGCUCCGGAGUACCUGAGCGGCUCCAGGCUGCUGCCGGGAUCCGAGCCGGCUGCUCACUGCUACUGCGGACACCAGUUCGGCCUGUUCGCGGGGCAGCUGGGGGACGGAGCGGUGAUGUACCUGGGGGAGGUGGAGGCGGGCACCCAGGGGCGAUGGGAGAUUCAGGUGAAAGGUGCGGGAGUCACACCUUACUCCAGAGGGAGGAAGACUAUGAGAUGCAGCUGAAAGGAGUUCCUGUGCAGCGAGGCCAUGGCAGCUCUGGGGAUACCCAGCACCCGAGCAGCCUCCCUCGUGACCUCUGACCUCUACGUCAGCAGAGAUCCUCUCAACAGUGGCCGGCGCGUUCAGGAACGCUGCUCAGUCGUCCUGCGUCUCGCCCCGUCCUUCAUCAGGUUUGGAUCUUUUGAGAUCUUUCUGGGCAGAGAUGAAGUCUCAGGCCUGCAGGGUCCCAGUGCAGGGCGCCAUGAUAUUCGUGCUCAGCUGCUGGAUUAUGUUGUUGAGACUUUCUAUCCUCACAUUCAGCAGGCUCACCGCAGCCGGACGGACAGGAAUAUGGCUUUUUUCAGAGAGGUAAUGAUGAGAACUGCUAAGCUAGUGGCCCAGUGGCAGUGUGUUGGUUUUUGCCAUGGCGUCCUUAACACAGACAACAUGAGCAUCCUGGGUCUCACUCUGGAUUAUGGGCCCUUUGGUUUCAUGGACAGGUUUGAUCCAGAUUUCGUCUCCAACGCCUCAGACAAAAGGAGGCGCUACUCGUACCAAGCCCAGCCCUCUGUGUGCUGCUGGAACCUGGCUCGUCUGGCCGAGGCGUUGGGCUCUGAGCUGGACGCAGCGGAGGCAGGAGCUAUCCUGGAUGAGUUUAUGCCCACAUAUAAGGCUUCCUACUUGCACAACAUGAGGCUGAAGCUGGGUCUUGUGAGAAAAGAAGAGGCAGAGGACGACGAGCUCAUAUCAGACCUGCUGCGCGUCAUGCACAACACUGGUGCUGAUUUCACCAACACCUUCCGCCUGCUGAGUCGCGUCCCCUGGCCUGAGGAGGGCGACUGUGAGAAGGAAACCGUGGGGCCCGUGGUGGAGCUCAUCCUACAGCAGUGUGCCUCUAUUGAGGAGCUAAAGGUGGCUAAUAAGCCAACAAUGGAGAACCGUGAAUUGGCGAUGAUUCUGUCCAUGGCACAAACCAACCCGGCCAUGUUUGGGAUGGUGGCAGACAGGCCAGAUGUGGCUCAACAGCUGGCGUUAAUGGGCCGCCUAAAGGAGCUCCUCGAGACGGAUCAAGAUGAGCUGAAGAAAAAGCAGCGGGAUGACUGGAUUCGCUGGAUUAGCCAAUACAGGAGCCGUUUGGUCCGGGAGUGUGACGCCACAAGUGACUUGUCCCUCGUCAAAAAGGAAAGACUCAGAGUGAUGAACAGCAGCAACCCCCGGGUGGUUCUACGCAACUACAUUGCCCAGAAUGCAAUUAAUGCUGCAGAAAAAGGAGACUUCGCUGAGAUCGAAAGAGUUCUCAAAGUUCUGGAGAAACCAUAUUCUGAUCCCGAGCCUGACACAUGUGGUGAAAAGGACCAUAAAGGGACGGAGCUCACCGCCACCUACGAUGGGAGGCCUCCUGCCUGGGCACAAACAAUUUGUGUCACCUGAUCCUCGUAGAGCCUCCCUGGAAGCUGAAGGAGAGAGGUCUGUUUUGAUUGGUGGACCACAUGGGCCAUAGUUAUCAGAGCAAUCUAUGGUGUAGGUGGGAAGAGAAUUACUGUUUUGGUACCAGCCACAGACUGCAUAGAAAAGAUGGACAUAUGACAUGACAUCACCGUUUUGAAGCCACAGGUUCAGCAUUUGGCUGUCUUGGUUUUUUGAAAAUGAACAUGAAUCUAACUUAGAGCUCGAUGACAUCGUUCAUGCUA